AUGUCAACCACAACCAAUGUUCUGAUUACUGGCCCUAACCGAGGAAUCGGUAACGGACUUCUUAAAGCCUAUCUGUCCCGACCAAAUCACAUUGUCCUAGCCGGCGUACGCAACCCAUCCGCCAGCCAACAUCUCGAGACCAUCCCCAAAGCCGCCAAUACAACUCUCAUCAUCGUCAAGAUCGACAACGAAGACGACUCCACUGCCGCAGCAGCAAUUUCCUCCCUCAAAACCACCCACAACAUUACCAAACUCGACCUCGUCAUCGCCAAUGCCGGAAUCCUUGACUACUACGGCCCGGUGGCCGGCACUCCGCCAGCCCAGAUGGCUCGCCAUUACCAAGUCAACGUGAUCGCCUCCCUUGUCCUCUUCGAAGCCGUCCUCCCCCUCCUGAACGCCGCUCCCUCCCCCGCCAAAUUCGUCCAGAUCUCUUCAGCGGUAGGAAGCUUGACGAUCAUGCCGAACAUAGCCUUCCAUUGUACGCCUUAUGGAGCUUCCAAGGCUGCGUCCACUUAUCUUGUCCGGAAGAUACACCUUGAGAAUCCAGGCUUGAUUGCGUUCCCUGUGCAUCCAGGUUGGGUGCAGACGGAUAUGGGGAAUUCGGGAGCUGAGGCGGCGGGAAUUGAGAAAGCGGAGAUUACGCUUGAGGAGAGUAUUAAUGGGUUGGUGAGUGUUAUUGACAAGGCGACUAAGGAGGAGACGUCGGGGAAGUUGAUGAAUUAUGAUGGGAAUGUGCUUCCUUGGUGA